AUGAGCACUGGCAAGAAAUCCGCAAAAAAACGAAAAUUAGAAACAUCAUCACCAGCAGCUACAACAACAAAAACAAAGUUACAUGUCAAUCGACGAUUAGAAAGAUUACGUAGUGGUCAACACAAUUUGUGGCAGGACGAUGAUGAUCACGAUCUUGAGCCAUAUGUGCAAGCAAAAAAGCCUGUGAUGAACAAUAAAACAUAUAUUGUUCUGUCUGAUUCAGAUGAUGAGAAAACUUCAUCGAAAAAUGAUAAAAAAAAGAAAAAAUCAUCUCGUAUGAAUAAUGAAAAUUUAAUAUCUGAUAAUGAUUAUAAACCAACAUCGAAAUGUGUGACAUGUUUGGUUUGUUCUAUUCUUACAACAUUGACACCGUAUAAUUGCUGUACAAAACAUUUAUCUUUACUUAUUCAUAAGAAACAUUCUCAUGGAAACGAUUCAAGACAACCAAUGAAAGAUAAUCAAUGGCCACCAAAACAAGUUAUGAUCGUACCCAUAACUGAUGAUCUAAUUCAACGCUAUGUUAAUCCACAAGAAUUCUAUCACAUCAAAGCAUCACCAUCACAGAACAGCACUGUCCAAUCCACUCGAUCAAAACGAAAAUUAUCAAAAAGCUCAACAACAUCAGAAUCAUCUGAUGCUGAUCUGUCACAAGUGAAUAAACUAAAAUCGUCGACCAAAUCUACAAGUGUGGAACCUGAACAAUUGAAUCCUUCGCCUAUUAUCGUCGAAUCACUACUUCAGAAUUCCGGAAAAUUUUCACAAGAUACAACAUAUACCGUUAUUACUUCUACAUCAACAUCAACAUCAACAACAAUCAGUAGUUUUGAAAGUCCAAGUCUUCUCGAUACUUGCCAAUUACAACAAUCAUCUGAUCAGCCGAUUACUAUUUUUGAUUCACAACCAAAUACUCAAAAGAAUCAACAAAAUGAUCCAUGGAUACCAACUAACGAUGAUGCAUGUUCUCCUAUUGAAAAGUCUCUUAAUCAUAUUGAACCAUCGCCGCAAGAGCAAAAUGAAUUUACACCGGUAACAGCUCGACGUACACCAACGGAUGUAAUGGCUUCUCAUCUACCUAAAAUAAAACUAAAAAAAGGUCGAUUUCAUCACGGUAAACCUAUUCAUGAUAAAAAUACAUCUGACACCACCACAGCAAGCGACGGACAAUCAUCAAUUAUCUGUCAAUCGUCUUCGACUUCAACAUCCAUUAUUAUUACAAAUAAUCGGCCGGUACCAUCAUUAGAAACUAUUAUUGAAGAUGAAUCAUUGGUCAUUCAAUCGACACAUCAAGUAUUAGAAAAAUCUUCUCAAUCUUGUCAGGGAUUAUCACAACGAACUGAAAUUGCAACUGAAGGUUUAAGUGAUACUAUUAUGAGUUGCUUAUUUGCUCAAGAUGAAUCAACUGAACAUGAAAAUAUUCAUACAACAACAAAAACAAUAUCUAAUGAAGUGCUUCCCCCUCCUCCUCCUCCUCCUCCUGCAAUUAUCAUCGAAGAUUAUUCGCAUAAAAACGAUGUUAACAAAUCAGCAGAUCUUUCCCAAUCGUCACAAUUAACCAAUGGUCAAACUGAUUUUCACGAAUCAAUUCUAUCUACUGAUACUCAACAGCCAUCAAAAUCAGCGCGACGAUCAAUUCGUAUGAAUCCCGAUGGAUCACGUAUUAAUAUCUCACGAUCAUCAUCAUCGACAUAUCAUCAAUCAUCACUAACUACUUUACGUCAUGUAUCCAAGGACGCAAUGGCUAAUUCAUCUCGUACAAAGAAAUAA